AUGCAUCCAGGCUGGUGGUGUGAUCUGUCUUCCGGUUUUGUGGUACAGAAAGACCGACCCGGGCAAGAUAGCAAGGACAUAAAGACCACAGAAGAGGGUGGGGAAAGUUCACAGGCGGAGAUGUUGGUAACUGGACCUGUGAUACGGCGUGCUGAGACUGGAGACAUGCAAAAGAGGCGCAACCCAGAGACACGUCAUCGAUUUGCAGUCGGUCAGGACAAUCUUUUUGCUGCUGUGGCUCAAAGAAAGUUAUGUAGACACGGUUUUUGGAAGACUUUAUCCUCGAAGAAUAGCUGGUUUUCAAUGGAUAACUUAAUAGUUUACUGGAUCAACUUUUCAUCUUAA